UCAAAGCAACGAGAUGAGAGGAAGCCUCGCGAUGGAGACAGGGGGUUAAUUUAACGCGGAAAAAUAGCGAAUUAACGCGCACGUUGGAGACAGUUGACAUUUCAUUUUCAGAAAGACAUUACAAUAGUCUCCACAAGGAAGAGUUGUGUGUUAAAUUUAGAUUAAUAGACUCAGUCAGCACUGGAUAUUUUGGGUGUUGCAAAACUGUCACUAUGGCAACAGAUAUUGGCUCACCUCCCCGGUUCUUCCAUAUGCCUCGGUUCCAGCACCAGGCACCUCGUCAGCUGUUCUACAAGAGGCCGGACUUUGCCCAACAGCAGGCUAUGCAGCAGCUCACUUUCGAUGGCAAGCGCAUGAGGAAAGCUGUGAACCGCAAGACCAUUGAUUAUAAUCCGUCUGUCAUUAGAUAUCUUGAGAAUCGAUUGUGGCAACGAGAUCAUCGAGAUUUCCGUGCUAUUCAACCAGAUGCAGGCUGCUACAAUGAUCUUGUUCCUCCAGUUGGUAUGCUUAAUAACCCUAUGAAUGCGGUUACAACAAAGUUUGUCAGAACCUCCACCAACAAAGUCAAAUGCCCUGUGUUUGUUGUGCGGUGGACUCCUGAAGGCAGGCGACUUGUAACAGGUGCCUCCAGUGGGGAGUUUACUUUAUGGAAUGGGCUCACAUUUAACUUCGAGACAAUUCUGCAGGCUCAUGAUAGCCCUGUCAGGGCAAUGACCUGGUCUCACAAUGACAUGUGGAUGUUGACUGCAGACCAUGGAGGUUACGUGAAGUACUGGCAGUCCAACAUGAAUAACGUCAAGAUGUUCCAGGCUCACAAGGAGGCGAUUAGAGAGGCCAGUUUCUCUCCUACGGAUAAUAAAUUUGCCACUUGCUCUGAUGAUGGAACUGUACGCAUCUGGGACUUUCUGCGCUGUCAUGAGGAAAGAAUUCUGAGAGGUCACGGAGCAGAUGUGAAGUGUGUCGAUUGGCAUCCCACGAAGGGCUUGGUGGUGUCCGGCAGCAAAGACAGCCAGCAACCUAUUAAAUUUUGGGACCCAAAGACUGGACAAAGUUUGGCAACACUACAUGCACAUAAAAACACAGUCAUGGAGGUGAAGUGGAACCUCAAUGGCAACUGGCUAUUGACGGCGUCACGUGACCAUUUAUGCAAACUGUUUGACAUUCGCAACCUCAAAGAGGAGCUGCAGGUUUUUAGAGGACAUAAGAAAGAAGCCACAGCUGUAGCUUGGCACCCAGUUCAUGAAGGCUUGUUUGCCAGUGGAGGCUCUGAUGGAUCACUGCUAUUUUGGCAUGCAGGUGUGGAGAAAGAGGUGGGAGGAAUGGAGAUGGCUCAUGAAGGAAUGAUCUGGAGUUUAGCCUGGCAUCCCCUGGGCCACAUCUUGUGUUCUGGGUCUAAUGACCAUACCAGCAAAUUUUGGACAAGAAAUCGGCCAGGGGACAAGAUGCGGGACAGAUACAAUCUGAACUUGUUGCCUGGAAUGUCAGAAGAUGGAGUGGAGUAUGAUGACAUAGAGACCAAUAGUGUUGCAGCCAUUCCUGGCAUGGGGAUCCCAGAACAGCUGAAGGCUGCCAUGGAACAAGAACAAACUGGCAAAGAGAUGGUGGCAGAGCCAGAGAUGAGCAUUCCAGGGCUGGACUGGGGAAUGGAAGAGGUCAUGCUGAAGGACCAAAAAAAGCCCCCGACUAAAAAGGUUCCUUAUGCAAAGCCAAUUCCAGCUCAGUUUCAGCAGGCCUGGGCAGAGAAUAAGGUUCCAGCGAUGCCUCCUGGAGAGGUUCCAAAGGAAAGGAAGGAUGAGAAGACAGUAGAUGGCAAAAAGAAGACACAAGCAGAGAUUGAGCAGGAAAUGGCUGCCCUGCAGUAUACAAACCCAAUGUUGCUUGAGCAACUGAAGAUUGAGCGAAUGGCACAGUUGCAAGAGCAGGGAAUGCCUCCCCCUGCUGGACAGUCAGGGCCAAUGCCACCCUUUCCAGGGCAGGGUGGUCCGAUGCCCCCACCAACACAAGGCUUCCCUCAGUCCAUGCCUCCACAACAAAUGCCGCACAACAUGCCUCCAAUGGGACCAGGUGGAAUGCCUGGUCCUUUCAUACCUCCAGGCCAAAUGGGCCCACCGGGACCUCCCAUGCACCAAGGUCCCCCUCCUCAGGGCAUGAUGGGUCCAGACAUGCACGGACCUCCACGUCAUCCAGGCUCUCACAGGAACAUGGGACCCCAGGGACCUCCUGGCAUUCCAACAGGAAUGCCCCCGGGUUCUGGUGGACCUCCAGCUGGUAUGAUGGGACCACCACCACGAGGACAAGGGCCACCACAGGGAGGUAUGAUGCAUCAGGACAUGAGGGGGCCUGUGCCUCAUGGAAACAUGAUGGGCCCUCAGGGACCCAUGCCAGGGAGUAUGAUGGGGCCUCCACCGAGGACUCAUGGUAACAUGCAGGGAAAUAUGCAUGGAAUGGGGCCUCCUCCAGGGGGUAUGCAUGGACCACCAAACAACAUGCAAGGGCCACCAGUAAACAUGCAAGGACCUCCAGGCAAUAUGCAGGGCCCUCCACCAUAUAUGCAAGGCAAACCACCACACAUGGCUGAUGGAAACCGUGGACAGUUUAACCAGGGACAGAAUCCUGGGCCUCAAUCAAUGAUGCAUGGAAUAGGACAGCAGGGUCCUAACGGGAAAGAUGGUCCUCGAGGACCACCUAACCACAACAUGGGACCCCCACCGGAGCGACAAGGCCCUGGUCAGGGCUCAGAUGGAGGCCAGUACUGGGGUGAUGAUGGGGGUUAUCAAGAGGGCUGGAGAAGAGGUCCUGGGCAGGAAUACUCUUUAGGUCACAGAGGAAUCUCUGGAGGCCCAUGGGAAGGCCAGGAAAGGUUUCCCUCGCAUGAUGGAGAGUACAUGGGACACGACAGGUACGAUGGGUAUGAGGACUCUGGUGAGGAGUUUGACCAGAGGCAGAGACGACCACAGCAUGGAGAUGACUCAUACCGGAGGGGUGGCCCGAGUGGCCGUGGUGGAAUGGGUGGCUACCAAGAUGAGUAUGGUGGAGAUGAGAGCUUUGAUUCUCAAGAAGACAUGGGCCAAGGUUGGGGAGGAAGAGGAAGACCACGUGGUGGGCCGCCAAGAGGAGGUCAUGAGAGUUAUCGGGAUGGUCAGCAGCCAGACCACAGUAUGCUUGACGGUCCUUCUCCAGCCAGUAGAGAGCGUUCCUCCUCUCUACAGGGCAUGGAUAUGGCCUCUCUGCCACCACGCAAACGGCCAUGGCAUGACGGACCGGGCACUGGUGACAUGGACUCCCCUGGUGCAGGGCCUGAUGACAGAGGAGCAGGCCGACCAUCACCAAGAGACGAAGGUGGGUUUGGACCUCCAUCACGGGGAGGAAGAGGUGGUUGGGGCCGUGGUGGACCGCAAAACCCAGGUGGCCCUGGUCCCAAUGUGGGUCCAAAUACCAGGCGAGGGGCUCCACGUGGUGUUAUGAGGGGAGGUCGCGGACGGUAGGAAUGGUCACACCUGCUUUCCCGGGCACAAUGGGGUAAAACCGACUACAGUGAGGACAGGGUAAACAAAGAACCACACAUGGCUACAAUACCAGCUUCCUUGAGGGUCUAAACAAUUAUGCAGGCUUGGACCGAAGUCUGGAAGCACUUCACUAAAAUCAGCAUGGAACCCUGAUUGGUGGCUAAGGUUUAGCUUUUUCUCUGUGAUGUAUUGGACGGAUGGUGGUGGUACCAGUUAUCCAGGGCCAGAUGUUUUGGCUCACGAUGCCCCUUGCUAUCUGCUUGGUGUACACGUUACAUGGCGUUUGUUCUAACCUUACAUCAGCACUGAGAAUAAUAACUGAUGUAAGAGGGGGCUCAUCAUGGUGCAGUGAGGAACAUCUUUUAUAAAGGACUAAUGAUUGUGGUCCAGGAAACUUUAUUUGUGAUGCAUGGUACAAUUUUGUAAAAUCUUUAGAGACAUCCCUUCCCUGCACUGAGCAGCUGAUCUGCUUUGUGAUUCACUCGGACAGUGGCAGCUGAAUUUGUACCAGCACCUGAGCCCCCUCUUUUUUGUUGUUCUUUUUUUUUGGCUUUAAUGCUUCUGAUGUAUAAAACACAAUGUUUUGUGUACCAUUGAAUUCCUCAGUCAGAUUCUGUCAUCCAGCAAAUGCAAGUCAAUCUAGGUGAGGGCCGAUGUUGAACUGGCAUCAUCUUGUGGACUAUGUCUAUUACUAGAGAAAAGUGGACUCUUGAAUGUGUAAUUCCCCCAGUGUCUCAGCACUGUUUAUUUAAGUUCAUUUUUAUGUAAAAUAAUGGAUGUAAUCUUUCUGUAACCUUACGAGGCUACUUUGAGUGACAAAGUUGCAGACUUUGUUUCUGUGUGUACAGUUCGUCACAAAAUUUGUCAUUGUUUUGUCCUUUUUUGUAUGAAACCAUAAUAGACUGUGCAAAAUUUAUGUAAACUCUCUCUGCUCUUGUCAUUUCUUUUUCACCCACUCCUUAGUUGGUCCUUAGGAGUGUGGUCACACAAGCCCGAGAUUCUCUAUUGGUCACGUCUUCUCAUUGUGAAUUCACUGGCAGUUCACAACAUUUAAUUUUUUAAAAGCAGUGGAUCUGA